AUGGGAAUGAAAGGAAAAGGGAGGCCGCCGCCUGGUGCGGAGCUUGAUGUCAAGUCUGGCAACAAAAUGCGCCGCCAGAUGAUGCACAUCAAGCGUAAGAGAAAUAAGGACUCGGCGCGGCGAGCCGAGCGUUACGGUUUCAAGAAGGAAGAAGCCAAGAACCCCAAGUUGAGAGAAGAGCGCCUACGUCAAAACGUUCCUCUGACUCUCGAACGCAAGCGUGUCUGGGACGAAGCCGACAGCGACGCCGAGGAGGAUGGCCUGGGUCUGGCCGUGGACGUCGAACGCAUUAAGCGUGCCAAGAAAGAAGAAGAAGACGAAUUGAAUCGGCCGCUGGAGGAUGGCGAAGACGACAGUGAAGAGGCUGAAUCCGACAACGAGUCCAUCGACAGUAUGAUCGCCUCGAGCGACGGCGAAGACUCUGACGACGAGGACAAGGAGGACGAAGACUCGAGUCGCGGACGAAAGAAAUCGUCGCUUCCCUCUGCCACCGAACGAGCCACCAGCCCAACAGCCUCAGCGCGCAGUACCAACCUGAGCCUGGCACCCGAAGCCCUCGCCGCCAAAUUCCCUACGCUCUUCUCCGACGAGACUCCCCCGGCCCCGAAAAUCCUCAUUACCACCUCGCUCAACUCGAACCUCCAUGACGAAGCCGAGAUUUUGACAGGUCUUUUUCCCAACAGCGUGUACAUCCGGCGCUCAGCGCACCGUCACUCGCACAAGUUCUCGAUCCGUGAGAUUGCCAAAUUCGCCUCGAACCGCGAGUAUACCACUCUGGUCGUCCUGAACGAGGACCAGAAGAAGCCUUGCGGUCUGACAAUGGUCCAUCUUCCGGUCGGCCCGACCUUCCACUUCAGCAUCAGCAACUGGAUCGAGGGCAAGCGGCUACCCGGCCACGGUCGUGCAACGGAACACUGGCCCGAACUUAUCCUGAACAACUUCCGCACGCCCCUGGGUCUUCUGACGGCGCACCUGUUCCGCAGACUGUUCCCCCCGCAGCCCGACUUCGAGGGACGUCAAGUCGUGACCCUGCAUAACCAGCGUGAUUACAUCUUCGUGCGCCGCCACCGCUACGUCUUCCGCGAGAAGCGCGAGACCGAGAAGGCAGUUGUUGGCUCCGACGGCAAGGAGAUGAAGGGUGCAGAGGGUAUCCGGACCGGUCUGCAAGAGCUCGGCCCACGAUUCACUUUGAAGCUGCGCCGUGUGGAUAAGGGAAUCCAGCGGGCGAGCGGACAGGAGUGGGAGUGGAAGGGAAAAACGGACAGAAUUCGCACGAAGUUCCAGCUGUAA